AUGGGAGCAUCCCUGCAAAUGCGACUUGCCCUAUCUAUCAUCUCUGUUUUAUUGUUAAGCGAAGUUCAGUUUUUCGUUCAAUGUACUAACAAAUAUUGUAACCAGGGUAAAAACUGCAGAAUAGAAAAAGACUGUUUUUGCGCUUCCCGAAGUUAUCCCCUUCCAUUGAAGGAUACUCCGCAAUUCAUCUAUUUUGGCUUUGAUGACGCUGUCACCAAACUCCUGCAAAUGGACGUAUACGAUUAUAUUUUUCAAAGCGGUCGCAAAAAUCCGAAUGGUUGUCCAAUAUCCUUUUCUUUGUAUGUCUCUCACAACUACACUGAUUACAGCUUAGUCAGACGGUACUAUAACUUGGGUCUAGAAAUUGGAUCACAUAGCGUUACUCAUACACGGCUCAGCAAUAAGACAGAUCUUGAGCGCGAGGCUCGAAAGCAAAAAGAUAACCUUGUCCGACUAGCUGGUGUAGACAAAUCAGACAUUAGAGGUUGGCGAAGUCCGUUUUUACAAACUGCCGGCGACUGGCAGCCGUAUGUCCUUAAGAAAUUGGGUUAUGAAUACGAUAUAAGUAUGAGUAUAGCCCGUCUCAGCUUGCUGGCGUCUUUUCGUGUGUCCGAUGGUUUCUUUUGGAGCUUUGCAUAUGGUCUCCCGAAGGGAUGUUCACUCUUCUGUGAUUUGUUGGCCAAGGGUUGGCAUCGCAAGAUGACGCUCGACUGCGUAUUCCCUGGUCAUGUUUGGAUCAAUUUUUGCGUGUCAAAUUUCCGGGUCGCUUGGUGUUUGAUGCGUGGGCAUCUGCGUGUUUGGAUGCUGGUCUGUCCAGCAGUCGUCGCCCCCGGGGACGGAGCAUGUGAUGAUGACGUCUCUGCGGUUUCUCUGAAGUCACCGAGGAUGAUCAGUUUGUUCUUUGGUGUAACGGAGGAGAUACGGUCAUUCAUUUGUCUGGCAGAACUUGUCUUUCAUAGGUUCAUCAGAGUUAAGAGAUGA